AUGUCCUCACCAAACAGCGAUGAAGGUAAGGUUCGAAUUUGAAUAUGUACAUUACAAUUGCUUGGAGACGCAUUUUAGUUUGCUUCGCGAACAUGAUGACAGGAGAACUUGAGAUUUCUAUUAGUGUAUAGUUGACGAAGUCUUAUCAACUGUUAAAGACAACUUGAAAUAGAUGGAUUCCUAAGAUAUACGAUAUACUUGUUCAGGAAAAAAAUCCACACUGUAAAUACAUGUGUGUGUUAUAUAUAAGAAUGAGGGACUGUUAUUAGUGCUUCAACAUUAAAGGAACUCGCUUACUGGUUUAUGUUCUCGGUCGCCGCAAGUUUCACCCUCCGGCUGCGCUUUGUCCAUUUUAUUUAAGAUGGUGGUAAAAAUUUGGAUUUUCAAGCGCUCUAUGUUAAUUUGGAAUAUUUGUUUCUUUGCACAUAUGAACAUAUGACGUGAUCGAUGAAAAAUCAUUGUAAUCAAAUACUUCAAGAUCGAUGAACUUUUACUACCAUCUUAAAUAAAAUGGACUUAGCUUGUUAGGUCUUCUCUAAGUGUUAGAAGGUAGAGGUGUGGUCGUUUAAAUCACUUUGCAAAACUGAACUAUUUUAUCCAUUGUUAAGAACGGGUCUCCAGUAUCUAGACGCCGUCCUAUCUAACUAUGUACACAACCUAACCAACUAAAAUAGUGUCUUUUUCAAAUAAAUAUGAAAGGUGCUACAAAAAGAACCCUACCAGAAGCUGUUAGGAAAUCAGUUCUUGGAGAGCCCUCUGACCCUAUUAGCGAUGGUGGUAUAGUCCAAGAUCAAGGUAAAUCACGAAAUGUUAUUUUUUUUUCAUAUCUCAGUCGUUUGCACUAUUGCACUUAUUAUUUUUUGGGGGUAAUUUGUUAUAUUUAUUUGGAAAAUUCGCAAUUGAAAAUGGUAGCUUCUGUCGAUAAAGUUGAUAUCAGUUAAUGGGAUGUUAGCUUUCAUUAGAAGUCCAAGUAUCCGUGGUCUCUUCGAUGACGAGGUUUCCCUAACAUGACAAUUUUAUCAUUGAAAAACUUAAAAACAUUUAAGUAUUAAUGUUUCGCUUUAAAGCUUAUUAACGAAAAGGAUUUGUCAUUCUCUUCCUUGUCAAUCUUCUUCAAAAAAGGUUUUUUAUGAAAUAGUAUAACUGAAAAAGAAUCAUUAGUCUUUGACAUGAAUAGAAAUGGAUUUGAUCAAUGAAAAAUCACAGUGAACAGAUACUCCAAGAUCGAUGAACUUUCACCACCAUCUUGAAUAAAAUUGACCUAGCUUAUUGGGUCUUCGCUAAGUGUCAGGAGGCAAAGGUGUAGUCAUUUACAUCACUUUGCAGAACUUAACUAUAUUCUCCUUUGUUAAGAACGGUUUUCUAGUCCUAAGUCUCCAGUAUCUAAACGCCGUCUUGUCUAACUGUGUACACAACCUAACUAACUAAAAUAGUGUCAAAUAGAUGUGACACGUACUACAGAAAAAACCCUACCAGAGCCUCUUAAAAGAGCAAUUCUUGAAGAGUCCUUUGACUCUCUAAGCGAUGAUCCGAUAGUCCGAGAUCAAGAUAAAUAACGCAGAUGUCUCUUUUUAUUAGCUUUCAACACUAGAAGGAGGCCGUUAGACCUUGAAAUCUCAGUCCUUUGCAACGUUCAUUUGUCAAAUAAAUGCGCACGCACUCUUAUUCGUGCAAGCUUUCGCGCCCGACCCACUUUCUUGGUGCCUAUACUCAAUAUUUUAUAAUUCUCUGUUUCCUUGACACACUCCCUCCACCCCCUCUAAUGAUAAACCAAGAUGCAACGAAAUCUCGCAAUUAAUUUUUUUAUAGUUUUGAAAUUGCUCGAAGUUUAAGUUUAUUGCCUAUUAUAACAUAUCGCGGGCUCAAGUCCUACCUAAUUCCUCAGGAGCCUCUAUAUUUGCACCAUAAUAUGAGUUGAGCAAUUUCACUUCGGCUGAAAGUUCCAGUUUAGUUUAGCCGCAAGGUUUCAAACCUUCAAGAUUGUUUUUCCGCUCCAUCCCGAUUGAGAUAGAUCUUUUAGAGCUCAAAAUGAAAAGGAAACAUGCCAUGAAAUACUCGUUUAUAAAACAAUGAGUAUUUAGUUCAUUGUUUUGGACAAAGAAAACUAAGCUUUCUGACUUCAAAUUAGGGUUUGCAAAGGUUAGCACUCUUAUUUACGAAUGGAAAAUACUAUUUUUAAAUGUUGAUGUCCUAAAAGUGUUGUUCAAGAGAAGAUUUGUCUCCAACUGUUCAAUUUUCAGAAGUAAUUUCCAACACGGAGCUACGCAAGUUUUUGGUCGUAAAUUCUAAUAAACAACUUAAUUAUGGGGAAUCUACAACGCACGGCUCGUAAAAGCUAGAAAUUCGUACGUUUUCCGCUUCGUUUUUCGAAAGGAAAAUGUUAUUUUUAAAAGUUAUUUUCUAAUGUUGAUGUAUUAUUGAAGAGAAGAUAUGAAUAAAUGGCUUCAAAAGACAAAUUUCUCAUCCUGGAAUGAUAAUUAGAAGCGAAAAACCCAACAACAACACUAAUAACUGAUACGUGACUUUGCCAAUUGACCCCUUAAUUUUACAACAUUUGUUGAUCACACUAAGAAUAGUUCAAUAUUGGGUGGGGCAUUUAAACAGAACCUUGGCCCGAGGGGAAGGGAAUUUGAACGAGCCAAUAUUCAAGAGUUCAAAUGCCCGGGGGAUUGCUCGCGGGGGGGAUGCUGAAGCUUCGAAUUGAUCAAUGUAUUAGGUCUGUACACCCAAAAUAAUGUUUGCAUUUGCUUAAAUAAACUUAGUUUGCGUGUAUUUCUUCUAAAGUGUUUGCAGAAACUAUAAGCAUUCCACAGGAAAAGAUUAAGAAGAGGAUAAUUUUUUCGUAAGUUUGAUUUUUUCGAAAUCAUAUAACUAGAGAUCUAUUAACCAUCUUAUUGUAGCUGUUUUUGAUGUUGUAUUCGAGGGGAGAUUACCUAGUUUCGUAAGUUAGUCAUCAGACGAGUCAAUAAAUGCUUUUGCGAACGUAUGGCUUGCUAAUCAAGGAGUUUAAGCUCUGACAUCAGGUGAAAAAAUCAAGGGUUACACGGGAGUUACGAUUUUACUGAUAUGCGUGUAAGCAUUACCCUUCACUUGCUUGCAUAAGUCACAAAUAGAAAGGCGUCACAAAAGGAUUUUGGUGUCAUUGUUUGCAUGAAAUAGCUUUUCCUUACUUUGGUCAUAAAUUUAUUCCAUUUUUAAUUCUCAAAGCCAUUUGAUAAACGUCUAUUACCGUCUAUGAUAAGAAGCAGAGCGGGGUUAUCUCAAAAUUGACUUGGCGUGAGCAUGGAUUCACCUUAACGAGUAGCUUUUUCUUUGUCUUGUCCCCCACGACCUCGGGAACAACUUUCAAGCAGAAAGAGUGAACACCGUAGUUAAUGGUCAACAUAUUUUCUUAUAGAGAGUUGGUACCAGAGGAAGGUUUUACGUGGAUCCUAAAAGAAACGGGCGUUUUAGUAAAAUUUUUUCCUAAAGCAGUACCAGAUCCAAGACUGGUCACUUGUUCAUUGUGGAAGCCUGGGAUUGUUUCUCCUCUUCUUGAAAACAAUGAAUCGUUAGUGAGCAAUGUAAUAGAACUCGACUGUGAUGAUCCACAUGAUGUAGUGUUCAGUUCCAUUGAAGUAGCCUUAAGCUAUAGUGCAAUUUGUUUGAGAGGUUACGAGCUUGUUUUGAAGGAAAUGGCCGAUUCCAAAGGACUGCACUGGAAGGAUCUACGCACCUCAGAGGUGCAACCAUCAGGUUUGUAACCAACACAAGGCAAUAUUUGUUUUAUUUUCUGUGGCUCAUGAAUUUUAGUUUUAGAGUAACUCGCAUAGUUUACACUGAAAACAAAGGACUGCGCAAUAUUCACUCAUCUGAACCAAACUGAGGUAGCAGGCCUAUUUAAUUUCUUGUACAUAGACAAUGUAUUUUUCUUAAAAUUUUUCAGAUCUACAAGGUGAAUGUUCAGACUGGCAAACUAAAUUGCCCUUUGUUAAGGCUAAAAUAACCCGUUUUUCCCGGUAUGCCGUUGUUUGUCGUCUGAAGAACUACAAACUUCGAAAAGAGGAUUCAGGGGAACGUCCAGAAGUAACAAUCAGUAUAUCAGAUUUCCCGGGUUUUUGUUUGUCAAGUCCUAGGACCUCGUUUCCUGCAAGUAUGGACCUCAUCAUUAAGGUAAAAGCAAUUCAUACAACUGAAACAUUCUCUUCUUGACAUCUUUUCUGUAUUAAAAUUUUAUUGUUCGUGCUUUUACACGUUAAUCUAUACACUUUUGAAGUUUAAAAAAUUCAUUUCAUGUUAAUCAUCUUGACGUGAUUAUGACUCUGGCAGCUGCUAGCAUAAUAGAUAAAAAAAUGCUUACUACUCGUCAAAAGGGAAGGUAAAUGAUAAAAAGAAUUUAAAAAAAAAUACAAAAGGAAUAAAUAAAAUAAAUAUCUUGAUUAAUCAUCCAAAUGUGUUUUAAAUAAGUCUGAACAAUUUUCCUUAAAUUUUAUUAUAAAGAAGAAAAAACGUCUCGGAAACAUGACUCCGAAAAAGCUAAAUGUAAAAGUGAAAGGGGAAAAUGGCCGGUUGAAACGACGAGGCAAGGUUUUUUAACCAAAAAUGUUUGUUUUUUAAUCUUUGUUACAAAGGAAACAUGCAGGAUAUAGCUUUUAAGCUUUAAAAAGUUGUAAUUGCUUGCGUUAUGUUCGAUCAGUCGAAUGUAAGAAGAUCCGGCAGUAAUGUUGAAACAGGUAGUAACGGCAGUAAGAGGUCCUACAGGUGGCGGUAGACCGCCUGUAAUUGAAUUUUAUUGAAACCCCCGCAGUAGCAAUCACUAUAAGGACAAGAAUAAUGAUACUUAAGGCUCCCUGCAAGGGUACCCUCGCAGUGUGUAUUUGUUUACUUCUCUCCCCCCCCCCAAAAAAAAAAGAUGUAAAAUCUUAAUUAGAUGAGCUAUGCAUCUUAGAAUCAUUUUGAACUUACAUCCCUUCAGACAAAAGAAUCCUGAAAGUAGAUCAAUUAUUUCGUCUGCUUUUUCAGUCAUUAUUCAGGUGUAACUUGACAUGAUGAAAUGACAGACCAGCUAAUUUACAGGUCUUCCACAUAAAUUAGAAUUAAAGUUAAGUUAAAAAAACAAAUAAUAUGACAGAUGAAUAAAAAUUUUAACAUUUUAAAAAGGUUUGAGUCAGGACAAUAAAAUACAAUCUAUAGCAAUUCCACUUUAUGCAAAGAGGUAAAAACGAUAGUCAUAUCUACUAAAAUGUUAGGCAAAAGGCCCAAAGACUGAAUUUUCUUUAUACUGUCUUUGAAGGUCUUAGUAGUUCUAACAGUUCUAUGUGACUCUAGUGGCAGAUUCCACAACUAUGGCGCUCGGUAACGCCACGAUUUCAGACCGUAGGUUGUGGUAUUGACCUUAGGCAGUUUUUCGAAUGUCGGUUCCCUCAGAUCGUAUUUAGUGUUUCUAAAACCAAGUAAGUUUUUUGUGCUUUUAGGAGUAUGAUCAUAACUAACAGCUCUAAAAACCAUACAAACAAUUUCUGCGAGUCUUUGAUUAUUCAAUGACAAUAAGCCUAUCUUAUUGAGUAGUUCCUGGUAGUGCGUUUGUUUUUCAUUUAAAAAAAUCGCAGUGCACGUUCGUUUACUUUUUUUUCCAGUUUUGCUCUAGCACUUUUACUGCAGAAGCGCCAGAUUCCAAAGCAAUAGUUGAAAUUGGGAAGGACGGAUGCAAAAUAGAUGUUCUUUCUUGUUUAAAAAUGGAGCAUCUUUUUUCAUACGCUUGAGCACAACAAUUUGCUCAGAGACUUCGCUGCAAACCUUGCCUACAUGCUUUUCAAUUUAGUUUGUCGUCUAUCGUUACUCCAGGCAUCUCAAAAUCUUCGGUUAUGGGGAUUUCUGUGUUUUCACAAUGAAACUGAGGCGUAAUUUACGUCUUUCCCAUGCCGAUUUCUUGGUACUUUGCUGGGCUUCUUCUCUUACCAUUUUCCUCGAGCCAUAUGUCUAGACGAGCGGCGUCAUUGUUGAUGGUUUCUUCAAUUUUCGCGGGCGCUUUGUCGGCAUAUAUUAUCCGGGUGUUGUCUGCAUAGGCAGACAAACUGCUGUGUUUGAUGACAUGGACGAGAUCGUUCAUGAAUAUGUUGUAUAUCAAAGGACCCAGGAUGCUUCCUUGUGGAGAUCGUAAUGAAAUUCCUUUCCAGUUUGAGAACUGAUCUCUUAAUCUAGCUCGUUGACUUCAAUUUGUGAGGUAACCCUUGAUGAGCUCGGAGCUGUUAUCGUCAGCGCCGUAAGACCUGAACUUUUCCACCAUUUAGUCAUUUGGCAGAGUGUCAAACGUCUUUGGUAGGUCCAUCGAUAUAAGGCCGAUAGUGUUGUGAUUCUCUAACUCUUUUUUCCACUGCUCCGUGUACUUGACGAGGGCGGUGUCAGAUCCAGGCGAUUUCCGAUAUGAGAUAUUGUAAUAGUUCAACUAUUUAAUUUUUCCGUAAUAUACUACUGUUUGAGAUUUGUUCAUUGAACCUAUUUUGAUUUCUCGUAGGUGCAAGGGCUUUCAAGUGAUGGUUUCGAAGGAAAUAGGGUUCUUGUUGGUCCUGUCGUUCACAUUGCUUUCACACCGAAAGUUGAGUCAAGGGAUCCUUUGCAAGUUAGUUUGACCUGUCCCAUCUUAAUAAGUGUACCCAUCGACUCGCAAGAACACCAGAUUAAGUUAUCGGGAAUGUCAUCAAGGCACGUGAGAGUGUUUUUCCGUGGCGGUAAAGACACGUCACGGAAAUGGGUCGAUUGGACAAAGAGGUUGAAAACGCCACCAAAAUUGGAAGAAGGGACUGUGACAUUUGAGGUCGAUGGGGCUGAUACGUUUCAAAUCAAUCGCUUUUUGGAGUAAGUUUGCAAUCUUGUUUUUUUCCUUCAUAUAUGAGUUAUCUGCAAACUGAGAACUACAUAUAUUGCAGGAGUAUCAAAAAAUGAAAUGAAAAUACGUUGCUAUGGCAUGCACAUGCAUUUUUCUAACUUGCAACUUUUUCAUAUUCAGAUACACAAAAAAUUGAGUCAGCUACCUCCAUAUCAUCUCCUAAGUUUUCCAAAAUGUCUUCUAAUAUCAAAUUCCUUGUGCCUUUAUAUUAUUGCUAGAUGCGGUGUGAUGCUUAAUUCCUCUACGAAACAUCUGAAACCUGAAGAGCUUUUUAUCGUGGAUUCUUCCUGUCCGCAACAUGUAGGAUUUUUCGCUUUCUGGUGUCCUGAGAAUGAAAAGGAACCAAGACAAGAUCCAAAGCGAGGAUUACUGACUCUUCACUGUUUUCCACUCCACAUGAAAACCGAGUUGACAAAAGAGAUAUCUUCAGAGGAUGGUGUUCUCCUCUAUGGCGAAGCCACGUCAGCAAGACAACUCGCCAAAGGGGACCAGGCACUCUUUUCUCUGUCAAAUGGACUCACUCCAGUUGAUGAAGGAAUUGAUAUAAAUUACACCCCCGUUGUGUAAGUCUCAGAAAGAGAUCAAUUUUUGAAUUUAAAUGCUUUUUGAUCACUGAUCCAACUUCGAUUCAGAUCACAUUGAGAAUGUGUUGAUUAUUACCACUGAAUUCACAGUGGAAUGCUUUUCUGAAGAAUUAUUAAUUUUUUUUCUAAGGGCCUGUUUACAUGGAGGUGGGGAACCCCAGGUAGGUGAGGUAACCUGCCUAGCCGUGGUCGAAAAAUAAAACGCGUUUACAUGCAAUCUUACAACCCCGGGGUGCUGGGGUGAGGUUUCUUGAGGCUGUUGUUGCGCUUGCAAUUAAGGAGUUUGAGCAGAGGCGUCCCAAACUCACAUCUCGAAAAACACGAAAGAUUAAUUCUGGGACACUUCUGUAUUUUUUCAUGAAAGCGUCAUGCGUUGUGUUACGCGGUGUUUUGUUUCGCAAGGAACCGUUGACUUAAUACGCUAUACGGGAUAGUUUGGGAAACCAAAUAUGGUCGAUUUACAACGCUAAAUAUUCCGAAAUGUGAAUAUUUUACACUCCUUGUGUGUCCGUUGCAGUUUCUGGUGACUUCUGCCAUGACACGGCUAGGAAAUGUACAAAGUUUUAAAACAUACAUGUUUCGCUUUUGAGCUUUUUGCCAUGAAAGCGACCCCGGCUAGGCGGGUUACCCCACCUUGACACGUUUACAUGGCAAAUUGUCACCCCGGCUGACAGGGUUACCCUACCUAGCAGACCGGGCAACCCGCCUAAGCGGGUUACCUCACCUACCUGGGGUCCCCCACCUCCAUGUAAACAGGCCCUUAGACUGUGGACAGUCUAAGCGUUGGUGAAUUAUAGCAUUAUUAAACAGGCCUAUAGGCUGAAUUUGAAGGAAUUUUUAUUUAGUUAAGAACAAUGUAACUUUCGUCCGCCACAUGACAAAAUUUUCACAUGGGCCUUAAGGCCGUGGCUAAAUGAAAAUCCAACGCGAAGCAUUUUUUACAGCAAGGCCCGUAUGUUUAGACGAACUAUAAAAAGCUCUUUGCAGUUGUAAGGUAUCCGGAAAAUCUGCCUCACUGAAUAAUUGCGGUGAGUUGCUUGAUCAUCAUGAUAAAGUUGUAAUCUCUCGUGAAUGACGACGAUAUACGCAAUUUCAAAAUUUUCCGGCGGAAUUUUGUUUCAGCAUAAAGCAUUAUGGUCUACAUUUGCUAACUAUAAAGAAAGUAUUCGCAUCUUCUUUGGCUUCUAAUUGAAAACGUCUUCAUCGGGAAACCUCUGCAGUUCGUCAAAAAAUGGUGUCGCAUGCCUUCUUGAAUAUGUAACAUUAUUAGUGCCAUUUGAAAAAUGUGUGUCGUAAGUUCAAUGUUGCUCUUUUCUCUCACAGGUUUACAGGAGACUUCGAUUUUAAAUUUUGUUUUUCGGUUCGUUUCGAUGCACCGACUAUAGAAUUAUUCAAAAACAAAAAAGACAAGGAAGGACGAGAGAGACUUUGCUCUCUGCAGCUUCAUCCAGUGGAGCCGUUUAAGGUAUGACAAGGACCUUACGGAAGAACAAAUGAUUUCUGGGACAAGAUGCUAUGCCCAUUAUUACACCGAUACCCUUAAUUAAACAGUAUCUUUCUUUUCAGUUACAUAUAUUUUUCAUAAUUUCUUCUCUCCAUCUAAAGUCGACAAUGCUUCGCGGCAUUGAUUCUUUUUUAAGUGAUUUGGUAAGAGAAAUCUUGAGAGUACCAUGAGUAGUUUUGAACGUUUUGUAGAUCCUAGCGGCUUUCGACCCAAAGCAAUGGGGGAAUAAUAAUUAGAAGGAUUUUCACAAUAUGUCAAGAAAGAAAGUGAAAGAGAAAUCGAAUACAGCACCUUGAACACUGAAACACAAGAAAUGAAAAACUUAAAAAGAGCUUUAAGGGUUCUUACGAAUGUUUUCGACGAUGGCCAUGUGAGAAAAGUACUAUCCUAUAAAAUGGUAAUUAAGUUUUAUCAACUGAGUUGAUAACGUAAAUUGGCCACCCUGAAGAGUUUAAAAGCUAACGUUUCGAGCGUUAGCCCCUCGUUAAUCGCUGUGACGAAUGGUUAAUGCUCGAAACAUCUGCUUUGAAACUCUUUACGGUGGCCAAUUUACGUUAUUAACUCAGUUGAUAAUACUUAAUUACCAUUUUAUACUCUCCCACCGACGCAUCACCACAGUUUCUUUAGGAACUUACCCCCUUCGUCCUAAAAAAGUAGAGCACCUUUUAUCAGUAAGGCAUAUUUUCUAUCAAAUGAAAAUUUUCACUAAAUGGGCAAACAAAAUUCGCCCGGAGGUCAAGAAAGAUUUUUAAGCUCAGAUAUUAGAAUCUUGGAGAUGACAAAUGUAACCCUCAUAAAGGCGUUGGAUGGGCGCUUCGUUUGAUCCUAAAUUGUUGACGUAUCCUUGCAAAUUUACCUUCACGGGAAAUUUACCUAAGGAAAUGUCGGCCACAUCUUUUACAUUCAGUUUUCCGUGUAAAGGGGUCAUUUACCACGAUGAAAGUGCUCUUGUAGCUUUAACAUUAUGUGCUAUUUUCAGGACUUUUUUUCGAACUGUUGAUAGAGUUUUGCAAUAAGUCAACCAUGUUGCCUUAUUUUUAUACAUUCAUUUCUAAAAUACUAUGCCUUUAUGAUGUAUGGAUUUCUUUUCCUGGUAACAGGACCACACUCCAGUAAUUUCCAGGGAAAUGCCUCAGUUAGAGGAUAAACCUCUGCUUGGUGAAGCUUCAACUUCUGUGGAGUCGCCUGUGGAUGACUCGGGUGAGAGCUGUAUGAAUGUUAAAAUAGUAGUAAGGAACGUGGAAGGAAGAAUGCUGGAAGAGAGGUUGUGAUACCUUUAUAGAAUUUUCAUGUGGUAAUUCUGGGUAGACCUUUUCGGAUAAAAUCACACUUGGCAAGGUAAGGUGGAUGUGUUGGCUGCUCCUUCUCUUUAUUCUUUGACAACUUGGCGAGAGUAAGUACUAUUGUUUGGUUUAAAAUGCCCGUUAGAAAUCUCGUUUUCCUCAUGUAUAAUUAAGAGUAAGGGAAAGCCCUCAUCGCCAAGAGACCUUUAAAUAACGAGCGACUUCAUCCGGUGCAGUCUGACUAUCUAUGCCCCUAUUUUUAAUUGUAUAAAGUCUCCUCUGGACUUCUCAUUAAAUUUUCCUUUUUUCCAGCCCUCACCUUAAAAAGGAUUUUAAUUAGUUUAAAUCAUCGCAGUAGUCUGUCAACUACUGAAUAAGUUUAUUCAUUAUCAUCCUGCUUAUGAUUUUCUCCCAAGAUGGUUUGAUUGCUCAUUUUGCAUUCUGCAUUGUAAAGUUCUCGAGCAAACUAGGCAUGGUUGUUGCAGGGUAUAAGACAUUAAUUUACUUUAAAAUAGCAAACCAUUGCUCUUCUCUCUGAAGUCCUGAUGUCAAAGUUGAUUAUAACUGUACUUGAAUCUUUCCCCGGUAUUUGUUAAAAAUGUUUUUCCUCUUGUAGUUAUAGCCUGGUUCUGUUUUCCUUUUUAUUAUUAUUACUAUCAGCCCAAAUCGGAGAGUUGAGAAAGUCAGUUGUUACUCAAAGGUUAGCAACCCUUUUUAAAGAAGACAUAGGAAACUGCUGGUCAGACCUUGGACCAUUUCUUGAAGUUCCUGAGAGCGAAAUUCGCAACAUAGGCAAUGAUUACCAUAAAGCUCGCGAUAAGGGAUUUGCUCUUCUCCAGUCAUGGAGGGAUAAGGAUGGGUGCAAGGCAACUGUGGGACGUCUUGAGUCUGUCCUUACUGCGAGAGGCAAGAAAAGGAUCGCAGAAAAAUUGCUAGGUACUUAAAUCUGUACUUUUUAUGGAAAUCGUCCAUUUCGCUUGAAGUCCACAGAAUUCUCCCAAUGAGUUUUUGAAAUUUUCUGUGGUACAGUUAAACGUGGUCACAGUGUUUUUAGUUGCUUUUACAACCUGAAAUCUGCAUUUGUAUUACUCAUUCAUACGAUCUAAAUUUUUCUGAUCAUUGAAUUUCCUCGUUUCUUGAAUAGAAAUUGUACGAGAAGAAAAACGAGGAGAAAGCAAACAUCAUGAAACGAAUAGAAGUACGGAGGAAGGUACGAUCAAUAUUUACACAGAUUCUCCUUAAUAACUUAGCGGUCUGUGAAGAAUUAGCGAGUGUAUAAAUAAUGAUGCAUGCACUAUCUUAUGUAUCUCGCGCUUUUCAUAUCAUAUUGGCUGAGCUCAUCGAAAGUUUCCAGUUGUAAGGCAUCCCCAAACAGCCAAUUUUCAAAUCCUCUUUUAGUUUUCUAGAACACAGAGAAGUAUUGGGAUGACCUUUUCUGAUUUGUUUGAGGUACACUUCAUCUCAUGUUCAGUACCCUGUCUUUGGUGACCAUCCUUUCAGAGGCUCAGUAUCAGACUUGUGGAAGUUUUUGUUGUGAUCGUUUUAAAUCCUGAAAUCCUACUGCAGUUUUUCUUUUUGGGAUUUACAAACCGGAUCAGGCAUGUGUCUAUGCCAGUUUGUUGUUGGUUGAAAUAUUAACCUCAGCUUAACCGAGAAUCCCAGUGAGCGACUAAUUCUGCGCAUCUAUACAUUUAAAUCAUUUUAUCAAGCUGGAAAAUUGAUAUCUAUCCACCAGAGCUUCAGAGCGGACUUAAAUUUUUCAGUCUUGUCUAUAUUAAAUUUUGAACAUACACACAAAAAAAUAUUGUACAACAUGGUUUUCACUAACGGCUGAGUCGAAAACAGAGAGCAGUCAAGAUCCCGCCACUCCAUGGGUAAUCUUGAGAAACCUUCACUAAAAUAUGAGCUCUUAUUGUCCCGUAGAGAUAAAUAAUACUGAAAUGUGUUGAUUCUCAAGCGCACAGCUUUUUUGCUAACGAUAGGUGAUCUUGCUUGAUGAUGCAUUAUUUUUACUAUAAAGUGGUAAUUACUAGCGUUAUAUUUGGCUUUUUUUCUGGGUAUUAUGCGACAAAGAGGGCGAGACCACGCAACGCCAAGCCAGCGAGAGAGGAGGUUCCCCUGAGACGAUGCCCAGUACUGCAUCGAGAACACGAGACAUAAAACAAAAUGGAAGUGGAGAUGAAACAAGAAGUCAACAAAAGCAAUUGGAUGAGUUAAGUGAAAUUAUCAGAAAAGUUAGAGAGAUGAAUCAAGUCGUGACGAGACUCCAAUCUAGAGUAGGUGAGUUUCAGUUCUGAGUGUCCUCAACCCUUUAACCCUGAGAGUGACCAGCGUCCAAUUUCUCCGUACAAUAUCACCCCUGAAUUACACAUUAAGGUCACGAGAAUAAAGGAAAUGAUCACCAACGAUAGAAGCUCCUGAUUGUUAAACAACUUCUCCUUGUUAGCGCCUAAGGAAAUAUAUAGAGAACAGUACAGAGAAAAUGCAUAAUGAUGAUAGAGUAUAAAGGGUUAAAACCAUGCAGUCAUUACGAGUCUUCCAUAGACUAUUGACAUGCUGAUUCUUCAUAGGGUUAGGGUUAGGCUGUACUGUCAAUCGCCGAUUGAUGUUCUGUGAUAUUCGAGCAUUUGCCCGACACAUCAUCAACCCGAUCUGCCUAGUUUUUUUUUCAGUUAAAAUCUCGGCAUAUGGGUCGUAUAUGGUCAAUUUAAAGAGUUGCAAUUUUUUAGAUCAUUUGAUGGUCUAAAACCGAUCGUAGAUUGUGUUUAAGAGUAUACUGUGCUGGUUAACUCACAUUAGAGUAUGUCAGAGACAAAAUAGGGAUUCUGUUGAGUUAAGGGUUUUCAAGCCUAUUGUAUCUUUCUCUGUUUUUGAUCACUCUAGGGACGUUUUUUAUUAAAACGUGUUAAAACACUUAAUCUAAUCUAGGUUUAUCAGUAAGUUUUAAUAGAGUAAGGAAAGUUUACUUGUAUUUCUUAUAUAUUACUUUUAUAAACAAUGUAGAUGAACUUCCCAGGAGGCAGCAGAACACGAAUAGGAACGAGCCAACUGAGAACACGAAAAGGGACGAGCCAAUUGAGAACACGAAUAGGGACGAGCCACUUGAAAUGAUGAAAAGCCUGCUGCUGGAGGUAGCUGCCUUAAAAGGGGUCAUUGAACAAAAUAUUUUAGAGCGCAUAGCGGGGAAUGGAAACGUAGAGGGGCUGAGAGAAAUAACUGAAAAAGUCAGAAAGGUUAGGCAAGAUUUCUCAUAAACGUCGGCUGUCAGUAGCAGAUAAAAUAGGAGGCGAAAGCUCGGUUGACGUGGUAUAUGAGAUAGGGUUUGAAAUUGCCACCAGCUGUUCGCCGGGGCGAUUGAGAAUUUUGGACUGUUUGUGACAAGAAUUUCGCCAGCAAGCGACUACCCUGUGGUCUUUUCGAUGGGUUUCGUUCAAUCAGCACUUUAUCAAAAAAAACGUCCCUAACAUUCUAAUUAUACUCUUUUAAACUCAGCUGGACAUCAUUUAGAAGUAAGAAUAUCUUGGAGGCAAAGAAACGUCUUAAAAACUGUGCCUUUUUGUAUUUUAAAUUUUUUCUGGUGACGAAAAUGUACCAUGUAUGACGAUUGGAAAAAACACUUUUUAAGUAGCCAUGGCACUUGCGAUUUUGGACCUUGUUUUAAAGUAUUGGAACACAGAGUACAAGGCAGAAUGAAAUAUCCUCUAUGACAAAUUAUAUAUAUAUGUUGACACCUGUAGUGACUUAGGUUUGUCCAAAGUUUGAUGGCUUUGAUCUUUUCUUGACUGUGUAGCCUUUCGAUGUAGCCUAAUAAUAACUGAUAGGGGUCGAACAUUCUG